CUUGCUCACCAACGUACCGUAAGACUCCACCGCUACAAACCUUCAACUAUCGCAACGCCGAACCAAGAGAUUCCGCCAUCAGACCACCAUAUCUUCGAAACAACAAUCCCUGUCUGCCUCCGCCUAGUCGAAGAUGUCAACCGCCGCCCGCCGCCGCCUAAUGCGCGACUUUAAGGUCAGUCCCCGCGUGAGCAGAGAGCCGCGGCCCUCAUCCAUCUGCCCACAGGACAUCGGAGGCUCGUAAGGAAAUCGGCAAGUUAACCCAUCAUCCAUAUCCCUAGCGCAUGCAAACGGAUCCUCCAGCAGGUGUGUCUGCAUCACCAGUACCCGACAAUGUCAUGACGUGGAACGCUGUAAUCAUCGGCCCCGGCGAUACUCCAUUCGAGGACGGAACAUUUCGCCUUGUUAUGCAUUUCGAAGAGCAAUACCCCAACAAACCUCCAUCAGUUAAAUUUAUCAGCCAAAUGUUCCAUCCAAAUGUUUACGCCACUGGGGAGCUUUGCUUGGACAUUCUACAAAACCGAUGGAGUCCGACAUACGACGUUGCUGCUAUUUUGACCAGUAUUCAAAGUCUACUCAACGACCCGAAUACCGGUUCACCGGCAAACGUCGAAGCCUCGAAUCUCUACAAAGAUAACCGCAAGGAGUAUAUCAAAAGGGUUAGAGAGACGGUGGAGAAGAGCUGGGAGGGAGACGACGAAUAAGCCACUGUAGAACUUGAGGAACUAAGAGGUUUCGGGAGUGGAAACUUGCUUUUACUGAUGAUUUGGCCAGAUGGCUAGGCACUGCUUGUUGUACAGGAGCAGGCAUACGGUUGGAUUCGGACAUGGCAUUUGGUUUACUGACCCUUUUGAGCUUGAUGCCGACUACUUUUUGAGCACAUGGUUUUGGCGUUGCGGCGUUUUUUUUUCUUCUUUUUUCUUUUUCUUUUCUCUUCGGCGUAAGGUUUUCUGGGGUUUCCCCUUUGGUCCUGGUUCUAUACCUUUUAGAGGAAGAUUAUGAACAGCAUACCACGUAGGGUUUAAGUCUACUGGUGUUUGCACCAUAAACGCGCGAGGACAGUUAUUUCGGGGCGACCAAUAUAUGAGAUGAUACAAUACCGAUGGUCCGGAUACGCUUAA